GGUGGAGAAGGAGGAGGAGCAGGAGGUGCUGUUGACUGAGACUGGAGGAGGAGCACAAACAGUCGUCCAGACUCUUCACCCAUCUGCGUCUCUUCUCUUCAGACUCGUCCUGGGCCGUGUGCAGCAGCUGUAGCCACGCCCACUCCUCAUCUCACCAGAUGAGGUCAGAGCGCCUGUCAGUUAUCAUGUGCUGAAUUAGUUUCAGAGCCGAUGAGAUGGCGGCGGCGUCCCCCAGCAUGCAGAGCCUCGAGGACCGCUCUCACCCCCGCACGCUGCUCAGCCGGCUCGGCGAGCAGCGCUCCCACGGCCUCUUCUGUGACGUCACCGUGGUGGUGGAGGACGUGAAGUUUCGGGCCCACGGGAACAUCCUGGCCGCCUGCAGCGGAUACUUCAGGAACGCUCUGACGUCUCCGGAGGCCUGGAGCUCCGGCCAGGUGCUGGAGCUGAGGGACCUGAAGUCCGAGGUGUUCGCCAGCAUCCUCGACUUCAUCUACUGCUCCGAGGUGACCUCCCCCGGUCCAGAGCCCCCGGGGGGGCUGGUGGCCGCUGGGAAAAGACUGGGCAUCCCUUUUUUAGAGAAGCUUGCAGAGCAACAGGCCGGACGUGUUGGAUCCACAGACCGCAGGGCUCCGGAGGCCAUCGCCAGAGGGCCCCGCAUCACCAACGCCUUCUCCAUCACCGAGGUGUGUCCGGGGAACCACCAGUUCACGCCUCCGGUCCAGACCAGAGAGAGGCUCCCACCGACUGACCCCUCCCCCUCCCGCCUGUCGGAGCACUCGUACGCAGUCAGCCGGUCGGCUGGAGGCGCGGACAGCAAGCCGAAGCUCCUCGACGGGAACGCCGGCCCUCUGAAGAAGCGCCACAGGCUGAGGGGAACUUUGUGUCUCGGCAUUCUUCCGGCUGCGGCUGGAACACCGACAGAUAAACUCACGCUGGCUGCACCUGCUGCCGCCGCGAGCCCGCCGCCGCCGCUGACUUCAGAGGCAGAGGCCGGCGUCGGCUCGCCUGACGACGCUCUAACGGAGCGAGGCCCCCCGACUCUGUCCCGCCACUCAGAGGACAGCAUUUCCAUCGACGGGUGUGACCUCUGCCCCGAGGUCUUCACCAAUCGAGCUCUGCUCGGCGUCCACGCAGAGGUGCACAACAAGCGCUUCGUCAGUCAUUUGUUUUGCAAGUUCUGUCACAGGAAGUUCAUCCACCUCAAGCGGCUUCGCCACCACGAGCAGGCCUGUCCCCGAGCGGCCCGCGGCGCUCCUGGCAUCUCCAGCAGAGAGGCGGAGCUCCAUGCAGGCGGCGCCCCGGACACGGCAGAGCUCUCCACGCCGUACGCCCCGGGACCGCUUCCACCGGAGCGACCCCACGCGGAGAGGCCGGCGAGGCGGUACGGCUGCAGUGUGUGUCAGCGGGUCUACCGCACCGUGUCCAGUCUGAAGCGCCACGAGAACGUCCACUCCUGGCGGCGGGCGUAUCCGUGCCACUACUGCAACAAGGUGUUUGCGUUGGCCGAGUACCGGACCAAGCACGAGGUCUGGCACACGGGCGAGCGGCGCUACCAGUGCAUCUUCUGCCUGGAGACGGUCAUGACGUAUUAUAUCUUAAAGAACCACCAGAAGUCGUUCCACGGCAUCGACCCCGGCCUGGCGGUGAAGAAGAAGUCGGCCAGCGUGUAUCCCAUCAAGCUCUACAGGCUGCUGCCCACGACGUUCAGGAAGAGGCGCUACAAGACGUACAGACAGACGUACGCGGAGGAGGAGGAGCCUGCGUUCCCUCUGACGUUCAUGGCCACGACGAAGACGGUGGCGCCCGUCGUGCCUCGCAUCGGCUUCGGCAAGCCGGACGUGGAUGGAAGCCCGACCCGUGGCGUGGACAUCCAGAGGGGCUCGAGAGCAGAGGACCGCGUCUCUGUGCAGGCGGAGGCUCCGGGAGGUCUGCCGGGGCUCAGGGACUCGGCGCACAUCGGUCACGUGCCGUUCCUCAACUCUUUGAGCGCGGUGCAGAGGUUCGGUGAGUUCUCGGCUUCUGCAAAAAGAGUCGAGGAUAUGACCACGGAGACGCUUCAGUCGGGCGCCGACGGUCCGGGGCGCGACACGAAGAUGGGAGCCAAGACAGAAACGUACAUCGCCAAACCCGCGUGCCCGGGUCCGUCCGUGGCCGGCGGCGCCAUGCCCCUCUGUCAGAUAACCGUGAAGAUGGGCAAUGAAGCCGUCGUCCGGCGCCGGAUCAAAGGCUCCAAACUCUUCCCUCGAAAGAAAAGGAGACUUCGAGAACUGAGUGAGGAGGAGAGUCCUCCAGCAAGGGAGGAGUCCGAGAGCCCGAGGCUGAGACAGGAAGUCCCGUCCGCCACAGAGACGGAGACGCUGGACGAGCCCGACUGUGAUGCGGCGGACAAGCUGUGGCGUCCCUACUACUCCUACAAAGCCAAGAAGAAAAGGAAGAAGCUGAGGUUCAAGCACGGAAAGCUUCUGUUUCAGGUUCAUCCUGAACCGCCUCCCGCCGAGGGCCGCCUCGACAGAGGGGCCCGGCUCACGGACGAGAGCCCGUCAGGCGGCGGAGAGGCGAGACGGAGAGAGACCUCCAGCCCGAGGACCCCCUACAGCUGUGACAUCUGCGACAGCGCCUUCAUCACGGAGACGGGGCUGAGAGCUCACGUCAUCGGUUCACAUCCCUGCUUCUGCCGGACCUGUGGGAAGCAGGGGCCCCCGGGGGAGGCCCCCACCGGCGGGGACUACGUCUGCGACCGCUGUAUGGAGAUAGGCUCCUGCUUCGACAACGCAGCCAGGAGCCCCAACCCGGAGAAGAAGUACCGCUGCUCCUUCUGCCCCCAGCGCUUCCUCUACCUCGCCACCAAGAGGAGCCACGAGCAGAAGCACCGGGGGGCCGCGGAGGAGGGGUACGAGUCCGACGACUCGGCACGGCGGAGGGAAGACGACAUCAAAGCAGAGGACGGGGGCGGCGUCAUCAAGAGGGAAAGGCUGGAAGAGGGACGUGGUCCCAUUGGCUGCUCCAUCGGGCCGAAAGCUGAGGAUACGACGGACUUCACGUCCUCUUCAAACUUCAAAGGCCCGUUGUCUCCAUUGUUUCCCCCGACAACCCCAAAGAUGAAACAUAAAAUGUCUCAAAGAGAUGCUCAGCCCCCUCCUCUGACGGCUGGCGACGCAGAUGGAAACCAGGCCGUCGAGUCGGGGUCGAGGACAGCCGGUCCCGAGGGUCUGGAGAAGUCCUGCAGACCCUUCAGGAGAACCGACCCCGACUCUCAAGGUACCCACGCGUCUGGACGCAAGCCAGAGGAGUGGAUGUGCAAAGAGGAGCCGUUGUUUUAGAGGUCUGUGGACAUCGGCCAAAGAGGAAGUGAAUCGACUUCACUUGGGAACGAAGGUUGUGACGUUCACAGCUGAGCUCAAUAAAACGACUCUAAACACGAGGAACACGCAUGACUCACAUGAUGUGGCUCCGUGACGAUGGUUCACCCUCAGGACCAUAUGUUGGGAUCAUUUAGGACCUUCUGACAGACGUUGUCUAUGCAUCCAGGAACAUGAGUUGGAGAACUGAGAAGCUUCCUGUCGUUACAGCACCACUUUAAAACAUGUUGCACUUUAUUCAUAGACGACUAUAGAGAUAUUCUGUUGGUUCAAUACUUUGACCAUUCAAUAAGCACCAUUAAAAUCAUUAUCAUAAAAAACAUGUAAAACUACUUAAAUAAAUGUUGUAGGUAUUCUGAA